AUGUCCGCAUUCUCCAGCUCGCACCCGUCAAGCUCGACUGAUACCAUACCUGGGGCCACUCUUUGUCAAUAUUAUGCUGACGAUGAAGCAGACAUUGUGCUUAGGACCCCGGACGGGAUGCUCUUUAAAGUGCACGGCCUCAUACUGAAACUCGCAUCCGAUGUCUUCGAAGGGAUGCUGAGUAUUCCACAGGGUCCAUCCAAAAGGUCGGAAAUCGUCCAACUCACAGAGGACGCGGACGUGGUGCAGGCUUUGCUGGACUCGAUAUAUCCUCGCCGUCCUCUUCCAGAACUGAAAUCGUUCGACUUUGUGCUGCGACUUGCGGCGGCGGCGGACAAAUACGAUAUCCCCGACGUGACCGAUCGUAUCAGGAAUAUGAUCACGAGUGGAUCUUCAGUGCUCACUGGCAGUCCUUUACAGCAGUACGCACUCGCAACCCGUUUUGGGUGGGAUGAAGAAGCCCGAGUCGCCUCGGCCUCCACGACACCUCCAAACACAGAAGUCACUUUGGAACGUUGUGUACUCGAGACGAUGAGUGCAGAACAUCUUUUGAAACUUUCCAGCUUGCAUCAUCGCCGACACUCCAUGAUAGCGUCAGUGACUAUUUCAUUUUCAACGAAUACAGCAGAGGACAUACGCGCGCGUCAGUUGCGUUGGGAGUAUCUCAGUGACGAACAUCUCCCAUGUCGUUCCCAACACAUAAACAGGACUGCAUUUAUAGCUUUCAAAUAUGUCGCGUUGGAAUAUUUGGAAAAGGUGAAACCGCUUACCUGCAAUACCGUUGGAUUUGGGGACAAGUUUUGGAGCGACCAGCGGUUGAAUGCCCUAUGGGAUGACAAGUGCACGAAAUGUGGAAGCGGCUUUUUCGAAAAACAGACCUUCAUACCUGAAUUCAACCGUUUCCUUCGCCAGCAAGCACUUACCAGACGUAGACACAAUAUGUCGAACGAAGACGACUUCAAACCGUGUCUUCCGGGUCCUGACGAGUCAGACGCAUGCCGCAAGCUUUUAAAUGUUCACGGAGAGUACGACUUCCCGGAUGCAGACCUGGUGUUAUCCUCUAACGACGGCCAACGCUUCCGGGUCCAUUCCUGCGUUAUGAGGCUCGCUUCUCGUGUGUUCAAAGACAUGCUAGACAUGCCUUCGCCUGCCGGCCUACCAAAAGAUAUCGGUGUGGCUAGGCUUGUACCUUUGCAGGAGAGAGGGGAGGUUGUGAAGUUGUUAUUGGACUUGGUAUACCCGGACCGAUCAUUCUUGGAACCGGAGAAGUUAUCCUUUGAUUUAUUUCGUGAUCUCUGCAUAGCAGCAGACAAAUACGACAUGCCCGGUGCGCAACAUAUACUUCGAAUGACAUUUCAACUAGGAGUCAACUGUUAUCCUCUUAUCGCUGGAUAUGUCUUGGCAUCUCAGCUCGAUUGGGAGAAAGAGCGACAACUAUUCUCAUUCUCAAACAAGACGUUGGGAAUCAACUUGCGAUCGCCAGAAUCAAGGGAGCAGCUACGGGCUAUAAACAGUCUGGCGGUUUGGGACCUGAUUGAACUUCAUGAUCGCCGCAGAGAUCUGCUCGUUGAAGCCCUGGAUCUGGGCAAAUGGCCUCGUCCAGAAGGAUCCUUCACUGUAAAUUGGGAAAGGAUAAGAACACACACGGAUUAUCGGCGUGGGUGUUGCGGAACGGUGUCGACGUGCACGCAAUGUCCCAGCUGGACAGCCUUGAUUUAUCGUCUUUCCGAGAAAAUGGAGAAUAUAUCGCUUGCAACAUCUCUCAGAGAUAGUGGAUUUUGGGACCGAGAGGAGUUUAAGCUGAUAUGGGAACUCACGUGCUGUGGGAGUACCAAACUCAUCUCUAAAGAAGGCCUCAAGAACGAAGUUCUUCGGAUCCUUGAUAAUUUGCCCAAGACAGUCUGA